AUGAUAAGGGAUGAUGGAGAUGCUUCUGAGUUAGCUGUGUAUGUUGUUGGAAAUAACUGUGAAGUUGAGAUAUUCUCAGAGCCAAAACUAGUUACACGAGAGGCCGCCUUUAUGAAUAUGGUUAAAGAGAAAGGCAAUGGGAAAAUAUGUGAUGAAGAUGAUGGCAAAUUAAGUGAAUGUAGUGGUGAUUCUAGUGAUGAAUAUGUGAUGGGUGUACACUUUGAUGAUAGUGAGGAGGAGGGGAUGAAAGGGUUUGAUGAAGGGGUUGAUGUAGGUGUUGAUGGUGAACCUAGAACUAAAAUUGUUGCUAAUAGUGAUGCCUCAAAUGAACUAGUCAAGAACAUGUUUAUCAUAGAAGAAAUGGGUAAGGAACGUGUCAUUGAAGAGGACUACAUGACUGAUGAACUAGAUAGUGGGGCUGAUGAUGACAGUUGUGUUAAAAGUCUAUGUGUAAUCAAGUUCAAUAAAGAAGAUGCUCUAAGUAAGGAUUUUACUUCCAAGGUUGGAAUGGAGUUUUCUUCACUGAAACAGUUCAAACAUGAUAUGCUAGAGCAUAAUGUUUUGAAUGGUAGGGAUGUAAGGAUAAAAGCAACAUUUGCAAAACACGAGUGUGGAAGCCAAUUCUUCAACAAAAAUGCUAAAGCAGAGUGGGUUGCUAAGGUCAUUGUUGAUGGGUGGAAGAAUAACACAAAUAAGAAGUUAAAUGAGGUGGUAGCAGAUGUUAGACUUAGGUAUUCCACUGAAAUCCCAUAUUGUAGAGCUUUCAAGGAAAGGAAAAUUUCUUGUAGAAGGAUCUUUUCUCCAUUCUUCUUAUACACUUUCAUAAACAUCACUUCCUUGUGCAAUAUCGUCAUCCUAUAUGAAUAA